CUUUGCGUGUCCACACCCAAAAUCUCAAUUACAUUUUCACCUCCAUUCUUGCAGGCACAUGAAUUGAAUAUUCCGACGUUUACAUCGAACAGUCCAACCUUCAAUCGACUGGUUUAGAAAGAUUAUAGUUAUAUAGAAAUCGAUAAAGGAGACACGAGAAUCGUGGAUUGCUUUACGGAUUGAAACAGAUUUGAAAUCUCGUAGCGCUCGAUUCUGGGCAUAAUCACGGUCACAGAGUUUAGUUUGAUUCAGAGUAUUUUCCCCGCGAUUUGUGCAAACGCGGGGGCAGGAAAGGCGAUGUCUAGCUUUGUGGGAGUUCUUGUUUCUGAUCAAUGGCUUCAGAGCCAGUUCACGCAAGUCGAGCUUCGCAGCCUCAAAUCCAAAUUCAUAGCAACUAAGAAUCUGAACGGCAAAGUCACGGUUGAAGAUCUACCGUCUUUGAUGAUUAAGGUGAAGGGCCUCAAUGAAACAUUUGAUGAGGAGCAGAUUAGGCAAGCAGUAGGAGAAUUACACCCUGAUAUGAAUAAUGAGAUAGAUUUUGAAGGUUUCCUCAGAUCUUACUUGGAUUUACAAAGUAGAGCCAAUGUAAAAAAGGGAAAUUCAAAAGAUUCGUCAUCGUUCCUGAAGGCCACCACGACAACCCUUCUUCACACUAUCAGUGAAUCUGAAAAGGCUUCAUAUGUUGCUCAUAUCAACAGUUACCUGAGGGAUGAUCCAUUUCUGAAGCAAUUCCUUCCAAUUGACCCCUCUUCAAAUGCUUUAUUUGAUCUUGCUAAGGAUGGUGUCCUAUUAUGUAAGCUGAUCAAUGUUGCAGUACCUAAUACAAUAGAUGAACGUGCUAUCAACACAAAAAGAGUAAUCAAUCCAUGGGAAAGAAAUGAGAACCAUACACUAUGUCUCAACUCUGCAAAGGCUAUUGGAUGCACAGUAGUUAAUAUUGGCACUCAGGAUCUUGUUGAGGGAAGACCUCAUCUGGUGCUUGGAUUAAUUUCUCAAAUUAUAAAGAUUAUUGCAGAAUUUGUUGAUUGCUCUUUACUAAUAGAAACUCUUUCCACUGCAUUUGGGAGGCACGUCCAGAUUCAACUAUUGGCAGAUCUCAACCUCAGAAAAACACCCCAGCUUGUAGAAUUAGUGGAGGACAACAAUGAUGUUGAGGAGCUCAUGGGACUUGCUCCAGAAAAAGUUCUGCUGAAAUGGAUGAAUUUCCAUCUCAAUAAAGCUGGCUACAAGAAAACUGUGUCAAACUUUUCUUCUGAUUUGAAGGAUGGAGAAGCAUAUGCCUAUUUGCUUAAUGUGCUUGCACCAGAGCACUGCAGUCCCAUCACCUUAGAUACAAAGGACCCAACUGAAAGGGCUAAUUUGGUUCUUGAGCAUGCAGAGAAAAUGGACUGCAAGAGAUAUCUAUCUCCCAAAGAUAUCGUCGAGGGAUCAACCAAUUUAAAUCUUGCUUUUGUUGCACAAAUAUUCCACCAAAGGAAUGGCUUGUCUACGGACAGCAAAAAGAUAUCUUUUGCAGAGAUGAUGACGGAUGAUGAGCUAAUGUCCAGAGAAGAGAGGUGCUUCCGCCUGUGGAUCAACAGUCUCGGAAUUACUUCUUAUGUCAAUAACUUGUUCGAAGAUGUUAGAAAUGGGUGGGUUCUUCUGGAAGUGCUGGAUAAAGUUUAUCCAGGAUCAGUCAUCUGGAAGCAGGCAACAAAACCUCCUAUUAAAAUGCCAUUUAGGAAAGUUGAGAACUGCAACCAAGUUGUUAGGAUAGGAAAGCAGUUGAGACUCUCCCUAGUAAAUGUAGCUGGAAAUGAUUUUGUGCAAGGGAAUAAGAAGCUUAUACUUGCUUUCCUUUGGCAAUUGAUGAGGUUCAAUAUGCUUCAGCUUCUUAAAAACCUUAGAUCCCGCUUCCAAGGGAAGGAAGUUAGUGAUACUGAUAUACUAAAUUGGGCGAACAAAAAAGUGAAGAGUUCAGGCCGGAAGUCCCAAAUGGAAAGUUUCAAGGAUAAGAGCCUUUCCAAUGGACUGUUCUUUCUUGAGCUUCUAAGUGCUGUUGAACCACGAGUUGUUAAUUGGAAUCUUGUCACAAAAGGUGAAACUGAUGAAGAGAAAAAGCUGAAUGCUACCUAUAUAAUCAGCGUUGCCAGGAAGCUUGGCUGUUCAAUUUUCUUGUUGCCAGAGGAUAUCAUGGAGGUGAACCAAAAAAUGAUCCUCACCCUAACUGCAAGUAUUAUGUACUGGAGCCUUCAGCAGCCUGCAGAAGAAUCUGAUUCAUCUCCGGCAGCCAUGAGCCGUGGGCCUUCGCCUGAACCACCCGAGACACUGACACCUGGAGCUGAAGAUGACAGCUCAACGGUCUCUGAAAUAUCACACCUCACCAUUGAUGAUGAUGUGGCAACAGCAGCAUCAGAAGAUACUGUAACGGAUGAUCAAGCUGCCGUAAGCAACAGAGACUCGACUGAAAAUGUGAGUGGUUGUGGUGAGUGAGAAUUUUUGUCAGUAGGGAUUAAAGGGAUUAAAGAAUGAAAAGCAUAUACUUUUGUAGGACCUUUUUUGGUGGGAUGAUUGAGUCACAUAUUACACACUACUACUGCUACAGGGUUGAAUUACAUUACAGGAGAUGAGAAAAAAUGGAUGAUGUCUAUAUUAUUAGUUUUUUCUUUCUUUUGUUUAAAGAAAAGAAAAAGAAUAAAUUCGCAUUUUGAGUUAUCUUAGAUCUUACUUUUGAACCANUU